GGAGUCUGGAUUGAGUUGCUAUAUAGUGUAUAUAUACAAUUAUUCAUAACUCUAUUUCCUACUUCACUACCUCAGAAUUCCUCUUAUGACCAAAAACAAAACCUCAGAAUUCCUCUCUCUCUCUUCAUGGAGUUUGCCAGCAGCAUUGCAGAUAACGUCUUGGUUAGGAUAGCUUCACAUGCUUCCCAAGAGAUCUCCUUGGCAUGGAGUGCCCAACUUGAGCUCACCAAGCUCAACAACACCUUAUCUGCCAUCAAACCAGUGCUCGAGGAUGCAGAGAAGAAGCAAGUGAGAAAUCCCCUAAUCACUCGUUGGUUAGGAAAUCUCAAAGAUGUUUGUCAUGACGUUGAUGAUGUCUUAGACGAACUGGACUUCCAAAAGUUGCGGUUGAAAGUGGAGGUCGACAAUUGUGGAAAGAUCAAAGCAAAGGUACGCCAAUUUUUUUCCCCAUGGAAUCCAAUAGUGUUCAACUUCAAAAUGGGACAUAAAGUGAAAGAGAUUAGAGAAAGACUAGUUGAAAUUGAUAAUGAAAAGAGACAGUUUGCUCUCCUUGAGUUUGCUAUAGCUGAAGAUCCUCGUGCGCCCCAACAAGUGCACGAUGAUAGGAGGAUGACUACCUCUAAAGUUGAGGCUUCAAAUGUUAUUGGAAGAGAUGAUGAUAAAAAACAGAUUAUCAAGCAUCUCUUGAAUGACACUGAUUUCUCUAGUGAGGAGAAUGUUUCUGUUGUUUCCAUAAUUGGGUUAGGAGGGUUAGGGAAAACAACACUUGCUAAAUUGGUGUACAAUGAUAGCAUGGUAGAAGAAAAUUUUGAGAUAAAGAUGUGGAUAUGCAUCUCAGACAACUUUGAUAUUCAAACAUUGAUUCGAGGUAUUACUAAUGCUGCAAAUGGACCAAAAUGUGAGGAUGAAAGUUUGGAUCUUAUGGAAAGAAAGUUGCAAGAUACUCUUAGAGGUAAAAAAUUUUUAUUGGUGUUGGACGAUAUCUGGGAUACCGGGUCGAUUGGAGUAACAAUUGAAAAAUGGACUGAUUUAAAAACUUUGUUAAAUGUGGGAGCUAAUGGAAGCAAAAUCAUUAUAACAACACGAAAUAAAUCAGUUGCUUUACUUGUGAGUCCCUUAUACAUGCAUUCUUUAGAAGGUCUUGCCCACAAAGAUUGCAUGUCCUUGUUCAUCCAAAGGGCAUUUAAAAGAGGAGAGGAGCAGCGCUAUCAACAUUUGAUAGAAAUUGGAGAGGAUAUUGUGAAAAAGUGUGGAGGAGUUCCUUUAGCAGUAGCUACUGUAGGGAGUAUGCUCUAUUUGAAUACAGAGCAACACCAUUGGUUGCGUGUCAGAGAUGAUGACAUGUGGAGUAUAGGGAAUGACAAUAUUUUACCUGCACUCAAAUUGAGCUAUGAUGCACUGCCACAACACUUGAAACCGUGUUUUGCAUUUUGUUCACUUUUCCCAAAGCAUUAUGAAUUCAAGAGUUCAAUGUUGGUUCCAAUGUGGAUAGCACAAGGAUACCUCAAAACAUGUAAGAAAAAUGAAGAUUUAGAACAUAUGGGUAUAGACUAUAUAAGGCAAUUUUUCUCUAGAUCUUUGUUUCAAGUGGAAAUGGAUUUAAAAACAUUAAUAAUUUUUAAAAUACAUGAUCUAGUUCAUGAUUUAGCAAUUUUAGUGGGAAAAAUAGAGUACUCCACAGUCAAUUUUCGUCCCUCUAGUGCUUUUGAAAUGGUUCGACAUGUGUCAAUAUCCAAAAGUGACUUGCUUGGACAAAAGGCACAAGUUCCCAAUUUCAUGCUCAAGUCAAAGAAAUUGCGAACCAUUCUAAUUCCUGAAGAUAGUAUGGUGAAUCAACAUUUUGUGAAGACAUGCGUCUUGAGAUUCAAAUAUAUGCGGGUGCUACAUCUCUGUGGGUCACCUCUUGAGAAGCUACCAAGUUCCAUUGGUAGUUUGUUUCAUUUGAGAUUCCUCAACUUAUCUUCUAAUGGCAAGAUAAAAAGGCUUCCCAAUUCCAUCAGUAAGCUGCUGAAUUUGGAGACCUUGUACCUCGGGGGUUGCAACGUACUUGAGGAAAUACCCAAAGACAUAGGGAACCUAAUCAACCUGCGAAGCUUGACAAUAACAACACAGCAGUCGUAUUUGCCCAAAGGAUUUAGACGCCUCACCUUACUUCAAUUUUUAGGUUUUUAUGGAUGUGUCAAUCUUAAAUCUUUGGGCGAAGAGAUCGAAUUCCUCACCAACCUUCGCUAUUUGUGGAUUAACAGGUGUAAUAAUUUGGAAUCCUUGCCACCAAAUAUGAAACACAUGACUGCUUUACAUACUUUGGUUAUCGAUGAUUGCGAGAAGCUUCAGGUGAUGAGAUCAGGGGAAGGUCCUCAAGGUCUUCGAUCAUUGGCUAUCCAGAAUUCAAGUUUGGAGGCUUUGCCCCCUUGGCUCAUUGAAGAUUCUGCAGACGCUCUACAAAGCAUAGCACUUGUUAAAUGUCAUAAUCUCACGGCACUUCCGGAGUUGAUAAACUUCACAUUCCUCGAGCAACUACGCAUUGAAGAAUGCUCCAAAUUGUCAGCUUUGCCGCAAGAGUUGCAUUGCCUUACUGAGUUGAGAGGAUUGACGAUUUCAGAGUGUCUUGAAUUGAGCAAAAGCUGCAAAAGGCAAUUAAAAGGUGAGGAGUGGUCAAAGAUGGCACGUCAGGUGAAGAUUACACUCGACGCUGAUGAUGAAGAAGACGAAGAUGAAGGGACACCAACGAUUGACUGAAGAUGAAGAAGAUGAAGGCACACCAAUGAUAAAGAAGAUGAAGCUGAAGGUCAAGAAGGAGCUUUCAAUGACAACACCACAUCAACUGAUACUUAGACUUUCCAGCAGAAGCAUCUGUUGCCGCCAUUGGAGGUGCUUCAAAAUGAAGACGUCCUGCACUGCUGUAUUAUUUACUUACUUUAUGCUUGGAGUUAGAGAGAUGUCGAUGAACUCAAAAGUGAUGUGUGAUAAAGCAAUGAGAUUGUUCGAUAGCUUCAUUUGUGAUGGUUGUGUGAUUUCACUGUAUGAUAAGGCAUAAGCUUGAAUGUUUUAAAAAGUUGAGAAAUGUAUUGUGAUAGUUGUGUGAUUUUACCGUAUGAUAAGGCAUAAGCCAGAAUGUUUCAAAAACUUGAGAAAUGUAUAGUCAAAUUUGAAGCUGAU